CCUCUAUUGUUCUCAUCCUCCGAGAAGAAAAGUUGUGUUCUCGAGUUAUUAUUCUCCUAACUUCUAAACAAUACCAAUUGACGAGGAUGAAUGAUAAAUCCAAGAAGGUAUAAUUCCUGGAUGUUCCGCAAGCAUCAAGUCCUGGAUAUUCUGCAAGCAUCACUGAUCCUCAAGGUGAUGAUUUUCAUGUCAGCCUGAAGAAAUUCAACACCAUUAUGAAUCAUUGGAAUGAAACCCCCAUCAACUGAAAUGGAAUACUCCAACUCGUCCAACAAGGGCAACAGAGAUGAUGGUGCCAUGAGUAAGAGAACCCAGUGUUGUCCUGGAUCUGCACCUAGUUCUCAAGAUACCUCGUCGGUUCUUUCAGACGAUGGGAUCGACGAGCAUAAACUUGAAAGAUGCGGUGGUUCUGAAGUUCAGGUUUCUGCCGAACCUUUGCCUGUAAGUUCUUGUCAAUCCUCACAAGGUUCCAGUGGGCAUCACCAAGAAGAAAAGCUUAUUGAGUCUGGGUUUCAGACUGAGAAUAAAAAGCAAGAGUGUAUUUCAAAUCCACACAUGUUCGAGUGCUCCCAAGGAACAGAGGAAGAAGACAACAAAAGUAUUUUGUGGCCUUCGGAAAUAUUGCGUGUUACCAAUCAGCUUCAGUCGGGACACGUCGGAAAAUAUGGUGAGAUGAAGCUGGAACCCCUAUCAAUGUCGACCCAUCCACAAGAAAAGUACACACCCAUUUCUUCCCAAUCCCAAGUGCCACAACUGUCAACAAAUGCAGCCGGUGUGAAGCGUAAACAUCUGCGUAUGAAUUCAACGGACUGCGCCGAGCAUGCACAGACCGCGCAAGGUUCUAUGGCAUUAACGAAUCCAGCAGCUGUAAAGACAUCAAGCAAAGAUGUCAACAGAGGGCUUUAUCCAAGACCUGCUGUACCAAGGACCUCCUCUCAUCACCAAACGGCUGCGUCUCGGCCCUCUGCCAUCAAACGGCUGUGCAGUCCUAGUAAAAUAAGGCUCAGUCCGGAGCAGAUGAAAAACCAAUCUAGAAUUCAUCAGUACUUCCCUGCUUCGCCACCCAAGACUGAGCUCUCUGUCAAACAAAAUAUUGCCCAGGCAGGUUCUUCUCCAGGAAUGUCAAAGUCCCCGAUGUCCCAAGGAGUGUCAGGAAACUCUCCGAUCCCAAGGAAAAAUUUUAAUUCUCAGUUCAUGACGAUGGGCCCUGUAUCACCCCAAAGAUUGUCCAGCUCGACCUUCGGGAAAAGUCUACCGACUGGUGGAUCACCACCUCAAAGGAGCAGUCAAUCUUUGCCUCCUAGAACACCAACCAAACUGUAUCUUAAUCACAAUCAUUUCAGUAACCCUGCUGCUGAAAACAUGAGGAGUCCAACGCUUAGUCCAAGACAGGCUGCUAAUGGUGCUCGAGAAUCUCCUAAGAGCUGGUCAAGACAGCCCUCAAAUAGUCCCAACCAACCAUUAUUGCCCAGUUCUCAAGAAAGAACCCCAACAAAGACGUUCCUGUAUUCCAAACCAAAACAAAGCCCGAGUCCAUCCAAGUCUGAGAAAAGCACAGUCGAUAGCGACAUAGAAGAUUUUCAUAACGACACCUCAUUUGAUGGUUUAAAUUUCGGCGGAAUUUUGCCCAAACCAGUUUCUAUACAACUCAGCUCUUCAACAAAUCUUAAGUCUGGAAAAAACACUCUUGAGAGUGACAUCAACAAUUUUAAUAACGACACCACGUUCGAUAGUUUAAAUUUUGAUGCGGAUGUGGUGGCACCCGAUCUUAGCCAGGGGCUCAGUUCCCAAGAUGAUAGCGGCUUAGAUGCUUUUGAGAAGGACAGCUUCUUUGACAGCGUUGAUCCCGAGAUGCUCUCUGCCAACAGCGAGUCUAUCUCCUCCUUACCGUCCUCUCAGACGGAGUACAAUCCACGGAACACCUUUGGCCUCUUGGGAGAGGGAUUUAGUGAUGAUGAGACGUUGGCUUCGGGGUUUGCUUGUCUUCCCAUUGAGGUCUUACAGAGGAUCUUUUGCUUUGUGCCGUUGAUGGAUUUGUGUCGACACCUCAGCUGCAUCUGUAAACUCUGGAAUGAGAUCAUUUCAAAGGAAGAGUUCUUACCAUGGAAGAAGCAUUAUCAUCGAGUACGCCUGAAGGUUAAGAUUGACCGGAGUGACCUAGUGAAUCUUCUGACCAAGCAAGAACAAGCGUCGGGAGCAGAAUCUCAGUGCAUGCUAGAUCUUGUCAGGAAUAUGCCUAAUUUCCAGGCUCGCUUUGGCACCUCCAUGGACCGAGAUCUUCAGAAACAUCCAAAAUAUGGUCUUGCCAAGGACAUCAUAAAAGACAGAGCCCCAGAGCUUCUACAAAAUGAUACACCCAAUCCCUGGUCAAUCGUAGCGCUUCUGGUCAUCCUCUCUGAGACAGUACAUGACGUGUUUUUCAUUCUGAGAUGUCUCCUGCACCCAACGGCUACGUGCACCACCAUGGAACUACUGGAAUGUCUGUACUGUAUCGCAUCUCAUCUGUGGAUAUACCAGAGACUGUUCCGCCAUAACAUCGGGUGGCAUUAUCGAGUCUAUUACACACUGUACCUGUUUGAGAACAGUCAGUUACCAAUUUAUCUCACACCAGACGGCUCAGCAAGGGAUGAAGGGAAAGUUAGACCAAGUUCUGUGAAGAGUCAAAGGGUCCCUUUUACUCAUGAGCAGUGUCGCAUCCUAAAUCAUGACGUCAAGAGAGGGGAGGUCGUCAAGAUUCAAGCCUUUGCAGGUACCGGGAAGACAACAAUGCUAGUGGAGUACGCCAAACAGCGACCCAACAUGUCCUUUCUUUAUGUAGCUUUCAACAAGUCUGUUCAGAAACAUGCAGAGGAGGUAUUUUCAAGAAACGUCACAAGUAGUACGAUGCAUUCCCUAGCAUACAAGGCAAUAGGAUGGCGGUUCAAAGACAAGAUCAUACCUGCUUUCAAGCCGUUCUUGAUUAACAAACUGAUCUCGUCGAGGGGUAACAGCACCAACAGGCAGCAACACGGGGGGAUGCACUGGAUGCGUUACUCCAAGAUGGUGUGUAAGACGCUGAAUAAUUAUUGUGCCAGUGCAGACAAUUCGCUUACCAGUAGUCACGUGCCGGAGGAGUACAUGACGUAUGAACACACGGCCCAGGGGAUUGUGGCCUUGACGAAUGAAAUCAGUCACAGUAUCAGAAUGAACAUUGCAACUUCUGCAGCAACAGUGUGGAGUGGAAUCAAGAAACCGAAAAACAAAGAAGCUGUCAUCACACAUGACGUAUACUUGAAGUUAUACCAGCUAAGCAAACCAUGGAAUCUCAACUACGACUGUCUGCUGAUUGACGAGGCUCAGGACCUUACGCCAGCCCAGCAGGAUAUCCUUAUGAAUCAACGCUCUGCUAAGAUCCUUGUUGGCGAUAACCAUCAACAGAUCUAUGGCUUCCGUGGUGCCACCAAUGCAAUGAGUAGAGUGGUCAGUCAACACACGUUCCACCUUACACAGUCAUUCCGUUUUGGUCCUGGGAUUGCCUACAUUGCAGACUGCGUACUGGAAAGGUCUUCAUCGAAAGUCAGACAUAUUCUGGUCGGCAAAAUGGAACAAGAUCACAUCGAUGGGGAGGAGCUUGGCCAAGUAGCCAUCAUUACCCGAACCAAUGUCAUUCUCUUCAGAGAAGCUGUGAAUAUUGUCAAAGCAGACACUACCACCAUGAUAGGGUUCGCUGGGGGCAUAGAUGGUUAUGGUAUGGAUUUGAUUCUUGACAUCUACCAGCUAAAGCUGCCUCAGUCAGAGAGAAGAGUUAUCAAGAGUCAACUGGUCAAGUAUCAUAAGUCGAUAGGUUCCCUGAAGGCGUAUGCCAGUCAGACGGAGGAAGUGGGGCUGCUUAAUAAGAUCCGUAUCGUGGAGCAAUAUAACAUACAGAUUCCUGAACUCAUUAAGCUCAUAAAGAGUAGGACCAGACAUGAAAGCUUAGCAGCUUUUGUUCUCAGCACAGUGCACAAGAGCAAGGGACUCGAAUUUGAUACUGUGAAGAUCACCGAUGAUUUUGCUAUCAAGUCAUGCAGACAAAAUGCGUUGGGCAUCAUUCAGGCGGAUGAGCUCAAUAUGGUCUACGUCGCCUUGACCCGAGCCAAGAAAAGCCUCGUCCUCAAUUCAAGCUUUCUGGAGUUUUUAAGUCAACGGCCUGCGAAGGAGAAAUUUAUGUAUCCUGUCCCAGCUAAGUCAUCAGGAGACGAAAAGCCCCAAACCUGCGUUGAAUGCCAACAGACGGUCCCCAAUAAAACUGUAGUGCUCCUCAAGAUUAAGGACUUUCAACUGGCUUACCCGACGAGCAGACGCCGAGGAGCAGGGGUUAUCUGCCCUCAAUGCAGCCUGGAGAGCUUCCCAUCAUUCGAAUGUUUUCACAAACUGGAUGAGGACCAAGAGCAGUCUUAGAGCACACUAUCCUCUGUCCCUUCUUAAGGCUUACCCGACGAGCAGACGCCGAGGAGCAGGGGUUAUCUGCUCUCAAUGCAGCCUGGAGAGCUUCCCAUCAUUCCAGUGUUUUCACAAACUGGAUGAGGACCAAGAGCAGUCUUAGAGCACACUAUCCUCUGUCCCUUCUUAAGGCUUACCCAACGAGCAGACGCCGAGGAGCAGGGGUUAUCUGCCCUCAAUGCAGCCGGGAGAGCUUCCCAUCAUUCCAGUGUUUUCACAAACUGGAUGAGGACCAAGAGCAGUCUUAGAGCACACUAUCCUCUGUCCCUUCUUAAGGCUUACCCAAAGAGCAGACGCCGAGGAGCAGGGGUUAUCUCUGCCCUCAAUGCAGCCUGGAGAGCUUCCCAUCAUUCCAGUGUUUUCACAAACUGGAUGAGGACCAAGAGCAGUCUUAGAGCACACUAUCCUCUGUCCCUUCUUAAGGCUUACCCAACGAGCAGACGCCGAGGAGCAGUGGUUAUCUGCCCUCAAUGCAGCCUGGAGAGCUUCCCAUCAUGACAGUGUUUUCACAAACUGGAUGAGGACCAAGAGCAGUCUUAGAGCACACUAUCCUUUAUCCCUUCUUAAGGCUUACCCAACGAGCAGACGCCGAGGAGCAGGAGUUAUCUGCCCUCAAUGCAGCCUGGGGAGCUUCCCAUCAUUCCAGUGUUUUCACAAACUGGAUGAGGACCAAGAGCAGUCUUAGAGCACACUAUCCUCUGUCCCUUCUUAAGGCUUACCCAACGAGCAGACGCCGAGGAUCAGGGGUUAUCUGCCCUCAAUGCAGCCUGGAGAGCUUCCCAUCAUUCCAGUGUUUUCACAAACUGGAUGAGGACCAAGAGCAGUCUUAGAGCACACUAUCCUCUGUCCCUUCUUAAGGCUUACCCAACGAGCAGAUGCCGAGGAGCAGGGGUUAUCUGCCCUCAAUGCAGCCUGGAGAGCUUCCCAUCAUUCCAGUGUUUUCACAAACUGGAGGAGGACCAAGAGCAGUCUUAGAGCACACUAUCCUCUGUCCCUUCUUAAGGCUUACCCAACGAGCAGACGCCGAGGAGCAGGGGUUAUCUGCUCUCAAUGCAGCCUGGAGAGCUUCCCAUCAUUCCAGUGUUUUCACAAACUGGAUGAGGACCAAGACCAGUCUUAGAGCACACGGACAAUAAUGGUCAUUGUCAAAGACCAAUAUUCUCACUUUGUUGUAUCCCAACAUAUGCAUCAAAUAAAA